AUGAAGAAAAUCAGUAUAUAUUAUAUAAAUAUAUAUAUAUCAUAAAUAAUUAUCUCAAUUAGAAAUAUUAUUUUAAAAUGGAUCGUUCAACUCAAUCUAAAGUUAGAUCUGCAAGUGGUAGUAAAGAUUAAAAAGAAUUAGGGAAGAAGGAAAAUUUUAUUAUUUAGUGAGAAUAAAUUAUAAUUGGAACAAUUGAAAAUUACAAUUAAAAAUAUAGAAGUAUAUAAGUUUUUAUUAUUUUAAUAAGGUUGAAUAAGAUAGAUAAAUUAAACAAAAAUAAUCUCAAGGAAAAAAUUAUUAAAUUGCUGUGACAUUGUGACAACUGAUCAAUCAUUUAGUAACUGAAAUAAUUUAAAAUUUAAUAGAAACAAUUGCAAAUUUAGUAGUAGAUAACUAAAAAAUUUCAUGAGAGGCAAAAAAACGAUUUGUAAAACCUUUUCAUGA